GCGACCUCAUCUAUGUCUACAUUCUGGGUAACCCUAUCAUUGUCAUCAACUCUGCACAGGUGGCAGAGGACCUUUUUGAGAAGCGGAGUAGAAAUUAUUCUUCCAGGCCCAUCAGAACUAUGGUAGUCGAACUAAUGGGAUGGGAUUGGCUCUUUUCGUCAAUGCCGUAUGGGAGCAGGUGGAAACAACAUCGCUCUUCCAUCGUCACUUUCGCAGGCUACUGACGAGACCUUAUACAACUCUUCGAAAUUUGGCCAAUACACCGGAUGAUUUUGCUCACCACUUGCGCCGCACGGCCGCAGCUAUCAUUAUGAGAAUCUCGUACGGACAUGAAGUUUCGGACCAAGGUGACAUUUACGUGACGCUGGCAGACGAAGCAAUGCAGGGUCUUGGCAUGGCAGGCAUCUUUGGCUCGUUUUUGGUUGAUUAUCUACCAUUUUUGAAAUACGUUCCUGCAUACAUGCCCGGCGCAAAUUUCAAGCUGAGGGAACGCAUGGCGAACGGCACUGCCAUUCCAUGUUUUGCGCAGAAGGAACUGGAGAAGUUGCAAAAGGGUGCAAAUCCGGAUCCCGACUAUGAGACCACGAUUAAAAAUGUCGCAGGUAUCUCCUAUGCAGGUCAGACUGUUUCUACCUUGCUUUCAUUCGUCCUGGCGAUGCUGGUUCACCCCGAAGUGCUUAAACGAGCGCAAAAAGAACUUGAUGAUGUUCUUGCCAUGGAGCGCCUGCCAACGUUUGCCGACAGAUCUGAUCUGCCAUAUAUUGACUGUAUUGUUUGGGAAUGUCUACGAUGGAACCCAGUGCUCCCUAUGGGAGUGGCUCGCCUUGUAUCUUCAGAUGAUGAGUACAACGGUUAUUUUAUUCCCAACGGUACCUCAGUCUUGCCUAACGUUUGGGCAAUCCUGCACGACGCCAAUGUUUACCCGGAUCCAUUAAUUUUCAGUCCUGAGCGUUUCUUGGACCAAGCAAGGAACGAAGACCUUGGUAUCAACAAACUUCCUUGGCCAGCCUUCGGGUUUGGAAGACGGAUCUGUCCUGGACGCUGGCUGGCGUACGAAUCUGUUUGGUUUUCCAUAGCGUGUAUUCUAUCCGUGUACUCAAUUGAGAGAGCCAUUGAUGAGAAUGGCCUCGAGAUUGUACCAGAAGUGGUGUACACUGCCUCUCUACUUAGCCGACCUAAGCCUUUCAAGUGUCGCUUUAUACCUCGAUCGGAAAGAGCUGAUCAGUUAAUCAAGGGUACUGCCUCCUGAGCGCGAGCCGCUGCACGUAUCGGCGGGAGGUUUAGAGCGUGAACUUCUGGUUCUUCCCCAAUAACAACUUUUUCGGCUUCACGCACUUGAUGGAUGAAUUUUGAUGUUGCGUUAUGACACACAUGAAACGAGU